AUGACAACAAUUACAGGAUCUCUAAACACAGCCACGCAAGAGUCAUCCUCAACCUCUAAUGGAUUUCCAACCACAGCCAAGCUAACAACAUUUUCUGCUAGUGUGCUUCCCACAGGAACACCCUCUUCUACAGUUCCUGUCACAGACACACCCUCUACCACAGCAUCUCCCACUGGCACACACUUUACCACAGUGCCUCCCACAGGUACACUCUCUACCACAGCGCCUCCCACAGGCACAGUUUCUUCCACAGCGCCUCCCACACCCACACUCUCUACCACAGAGCCUCCUACAGAUGCACUCUCUACCACGGCGCCUCCCUCAGGCACACUUUCUACCACAGCGUCUCCCAUGGGCACACUUUCUACCCCAGCACUUGUCUCAGGCACACCCUCUACCACAGAGCCUCCCUCAAAUGCUCUGUCUACCUCAGAGUCUCCCACAGAUGCACCCUCUACCACAGUGCCUCCCACAGGCACACUUUCUACCACAGCAACUGUCACAGGCACACCCUCUACCACAGCAACUGUCACAGGCACACCCUCUACCACAGCCCCUCUCACCGGAACACUUGCUACCACAGCACCUCCCACAGCUACACUCUCUACCUCAGAGUCUCCCACAGGCACACUUUCUACCACAGCUUCUCCCACAGUCACUCUCUCUACCACAGUACCUCCCACGGGUGCACUCUUUACCACAGUGCCUCCCACGGGUGCACUCUUUACCACAGUGCCUCCCACAGAUACACUCUCCACGACAGCACCUCCCUCAGGCACGCAUUCUACCACAGCGCCUCCCAUGGGCACACUUUCUACCACAGAACCUGUCACAGGCACACCCUCUACCACAACACCUUCCACAGGGACACUCUCCACCAUGACACCUGUCACAGACACCCUCUCCACCAUGACACCUGUCACAGGCACACUCUCCACCAUGACACCUGUCACAGACACCCUCUCCACCAUGACACCUGUCACAGGCACACUCUCCACCAUGACACCUCCCACAGACACCCUCUCCACCAUGACACCUGUCACAGGCACACUCUCCACCAUGACACCUGUCACAGACACCCUCUCCACCAUGACACCUGUCACAGACACCCUCUCCUCCAUGACACCUGUCACAGGCACACCUUCUACCACAGUUACUUCAUCAAACACCACAGAAGUAGGCCAAACGACAACAGUUCCUCCCGGUGCAUGUGCUUCAAACCCAUGUCUCGGUGGAAGCACUUGUGAAGAACGUGUUGACCAGACUUACGUGUGCUUGUGUAAGGCUGGUGAGGUUUAUGGUCCUCAUGGUUGUCAAAAUGACUGGUGGUUGAUCUUUGUGAUCGUCUCCUCUAUACUCGGAUGCCUGCUCUUCGCGUUAGUGAUCACUCUGCUCCUGGUCGUAAAAAAAUACAGGAGGAAACUCUUCAAGAGAAAAGAGAAAGACUUUUGGAAAGCCUACCAAAUCCCUUCUUCUGCCAAGGGUCCACCAUCUGACAGCAGUGGCAAUGGCUUUUCAGGCUUGAUCAAAGAACCAGCAAACAGCCCGGUAAAUUCUGCGGCCCCGCCUAUCCCACGGGCCAAUCUCAGCAACAACUGGGACAGUAGAUCCAGCUCUGAGCUGACUCCGAGCAACAGCCGACAAAGCUUGAUUCCUUCAGGGAGGAACACGAGAUUCAGCAACAUCCAAGAUGACAUGUUUCCUUUUUCCCAGAGUCCAACUAGGAGCAUCCCCUACGAGGAGGUCCAAGCCAGAAUCAGCCCUUAUGGCCCACUCCGAGCCAAAAACCCUUACGCCAAGACCCAAGGCCAGACCAGCCCUUACUUAGUAAUAACUUAAAAACGCAGAGGGAACUUGAAUCAUUUCAAGGGAGCCUUCAGUGAUAGUAUAAUUUUAUUAUGGUUAAGUUUCUUUAACCAUAAUCUGAGUCUCACUUUAUAUUUAAGCAUUGGUA